AUGAGCUUAGCCAUUAGCAAUACCGUACUGGAGGGUCUCCUGGUCGGCUGGCUAGAAGCACCGAUUGCCGAUGGGUGGCACCCCCUUCUCAGCUGCGGAGCGCAAGCUCUCCACACCAGUGCGUCCACACCAGUGCGUAGGAGAUGUCUUGACGGGAACAAAUGA